AUGCCACUUGUUAAGCCUCUCUAUUCCGAAGAGAAGCGACGUCUUGAGCCCUCGGUGUUGGCAUGCAUCCAUGAACACGUGGAACACGAGGAAUAUUUGGGAACCCCAUCUUCGUUGAAGCGUCAGAUGUCUAUGAAAGAACUGUUAUUUCUGCUUUCGAUGUCAUUUAGUUACGCGUUGUGCUUUAACACGCUGAACAAUAUAGUGAUUCCAAAAUCCGUUGGCCGCUUUGGUGACAAUAAGCAAAGUCUCUGGCUGGGUUUGCUCAUGGUGCUUGGGGCAUUCUGUCAGAUGUCAGCGCCACUUGUUGGGGCAUACAGUGACCGUGUGGGCAGCCGAGCUCCUUUUUUAGUGUGCGGUUCCGCUGUGACAGUUAUGGGGCUUUUUAUGUUUAUUAUUGUGGAACUGACGGAUAGGUUGAUAAUACUUUGCCUUGCGCAGGUAAUCUCAACCGUGGGCCUCUCUGUCGUUUAUAGUAUGGUGAUGGCGUUGCUAACCGACUACGUUCUUGAGGAGCAGACUGGAAAAGGAAGUGGGGCAAUGGCUCUUCUUGCCCUCACCGGUAGCGGUGUGGGGUAUGCCAUGUUGGCGGUGGAUGUGCCAGUCACGUACUGCCUCUGUAGUUACGUGGUUGUCACGCUCCUUUGCUUGGCACUGACGUUGAAUUCCAUUCCAAUCGUAGAGACAAUGCGACAGACACAACAGCCUGUCCGUUUUUGCGACACGUUGACGGUGGCAUUCACGAUGCCUUCCUUUCGCAUAUUCCCCGAUUUUUUUCUUGCGUGUCUAGGGCGGGCGUUGUUUAACAGUGGACUGGCGUCGCAGGUAUACCUUGUUUUCUUUCUGCGGGAUGUUUUUCUGUCGAAGAACCCCGUACGCAUUACUUCAGCCUUGUCGAUCGCGGCACUAGCGGGUGGGUUUUUGGGCGCCAUUCCUAGCGGCGUCUUCUCUGACCGCAUUGGGCGGAAGCCUGUUGUCUACGCCGCUCUUUUUUUGUGUGCCAUGUCGCUUGUACUUCUUCUGCUUCUGCGUGACAUAAAAUUCCUUUACGCGGUGGGAUUUCUGCACGGCUUUGGCAGUGCCUCUUACCUUUCCGUGGACCACGCACUCGGCAUCUUGACGCUCCCGCGUAAGUGUGGUUUUCCCAUCGAUGCCGCGAAGGACCUGGGCCUCUUCGCCACGAGUGCAACCUUCGGGACACUUGUGGGCCAGGUGGCGUACGGCACCCUGCUCCAGGCCUUCGUGGGGUACACCGAGGCUGGGGCGGUGCGAUAUAGCUACUUUGGGUUUCUUGUGAUCUUUACUCUUGCGGCUGUUGCGUUCGUACUGAGUGGCACUACCGUGGUAUUCAUUCGCGUUAAGUGA